UGAAUUAAAUUAGAGAGGGAGGGUGGAGCGAGGUGCAGACACAGCGGGAGAGAGAGAGUACAGCCCGUCGGCCUGUUAGUGCUGCGAUCAGAGGAGAGAAGCUCAUCACCAUCACCGAACAACCAGCGGCUUGUUUUUCAGGUCUAAUGCUGCAUUCAAGUGCUCCUCGGAUCGUCCCAUUUCCCAAGUUGGGAAGUCGUUCUUCCGACUUCGGCCCAGCUGCAGCAUCCAUCAUGACUAAAGAGGAGAACCUGGAGAUGCAGGAGAAGGAGAGGCAUGAUCGGGAGGAGCAGGAGGAGGGGAGGGUCCAGAGAGAGGAGGAGGAGGUACUGACCGAGGAGGAGGAGGAGGAAGUGGAGAAAGAGGAGGAAGAAGAGGACGAAGACGAGGAGAGGGAGGGAGAGGAAAGGGCGGAGGUGGAGGAUGAGGAUGAGGACGAGCAGGAGGAGGAGCGGGAGGAGAGAGAGGAGCGGGCGGAGGAAGAGGAGGAUCCACUGGCCGGCCAGGAGUGUGAGGCCGAGCAGGACCCCGAGCCGCUGUCAGUGUCUGAGUACCAGAGUCCAGUUCACGAGCCACGCCGCCGAGCCAUGGUGCACCCCUCCGCCCAGGCCCCGCUGCCCAAAGACUACACCUUCACCUUCUUCGACCCCAAUGACCCCGCAUGUUUGGAGAUCCUCAUGGAUCCUCGGACCACCAUCCCGGAGCUGUUCGCCAUCGUGCGUCAGUGGGUUCCCCAGGUGCAGCACAAGAUUGACGUCAUCGGCAACGAGAUCCUGAAGCGCGGUUGCCACGUGAACGACCGCGAUGGUUUGACCGACAUGACGCUGCUUCACUACAGCUGCAAGGCCGGAGCCCAUGGAGUCGGCGACCCGGCGGCCGCGCUGCGUCUCAGCAGCCAGCUGAUCGCUCUGGGCGCCGACGUGAGUCUGAGGAGCCGCUGGACCAACAUGAACGCCCUGCACUACGCCGCUUACUUUGACGUCCCAGAACUGAUCCGAGUGCUGCUCAAAGCCAGUAAACCCAGAGUGUUGAACUCCACAUGUAGUGAUUUCCACUACGGUACAGCUCUCCACAUCGCUGCCUCCAACCUCUGUCUGGGUGCCGUCAAAUGUCUGCUGGAGCACGGAGCCAACCCCACCGUCCGGAAUGAUAAGGGCCUGGUUCCAGCGGACGUGGUUCCUGACCCGAUGGACAUGAGUCUGGACAAGGCGGAGGCCGCCAUGGUGGCCAAAGAGCUGAAGCACUUGCUGCUGGACUCCCUCCCACUGAGCUGUAACCUCCCCAGAGCCACGCUGCCCAACUAUGACAACAUCCCCGGAAACCUGAUGCUGUCCUCGCUGGGGCUGAAGCUGGGAGAGCGCGUGCAGCUGGACGACAUGAAGCUCCAGAGAGACCAGAGCAGAGACGACAGCCCGACUCCAAACCUCAAACAGACCGGCACUCUGAGGUUUUGUGGCACGACAGAGUUCGCCAGCGGUCAGUGGGUCGGCGUGGAGCUCGACGAGCCGGAGGGAAAAAACGAUGGCAGCGUGGGCGGCGUCCGCUACUUCGUCUGCCCUCCUAAACUUGGGAUUUUUGCCCCCGUGUCAAAGAUUUCCAAACCCGUGGAUCAGACACCUUCAUCCGUCACCUCCACCCCGCGAACCCCUCGCAUAGACCUGGCCUCCCGCCUCGCCGGAAAGACCAAGAAAGAGAAAGAGAAGAAGGAGAAGGAGCGAGAGAGGGGUAAGAAAAUGUCGUUUUAUUAUUAUCGGCACAUUAGGUGUGAAUGUCAUUGUUCUGAGUGCGUUUGCUGUGCGUUCUCAGCCCAGAGGAAGAAGACGUCAGCAGCCAGUCUGGAUCCAGAGGGACUGAACGUGGAAGUCGGAGAUCAGGUUCUGGUGGCUGGACAGAAAAACGGCAUCGUUCGCUUCUACGGCAAAACAGACUUCGCUCCAGGUUACUGGUUUGGUAUCGAGUUGGAUCAGCCGACAGGAAAACACGACGGCUCGGUGUUUGGAGUCCGCUACUUCAGCUGCCUGCCCAAAUACGGAGUGUUUGCUCCGCCCUCCCGCGUCCAGAGAAUCGGAGGCCCUAAAGACGGAUCACAGAAUGACAAAUCCAUGGUGAAGAAAGUCCACCAAGUCACCAUGUCACAGCCCAAGCGUAACUUCAACACGAUGCGUUCUCCUAAAGACCUGACCUCCGAGAGCUCCAUAUCCAGGUUGCUGUUCUGCUGCUGGUUUCCGUGGAUGCUGCGUGCUGAGAUGCAGUCCUAACCGGGCCUCUACUACUCCUCCUCCACCAGAUCGAUCUCUCCGCUCUUCUGUCUCUUCAUCUUUUACUUUUGCUUUCUUCUCUCUUGGCCUGAUAAAUCUUUCAUUCUCGUCGGUCAAACUUCUCGUAGUGAAACCCCGUCCCUCUUACUCUGAGCCCAAAUCCCUCUAAUUUAGCCGUUCUAUAGCAAAAUCUAUAGUGCCUUGUAUCUGAUCAAAACGUCCUGCAUUCCUUUAAUGAAACUGAGAAUCCUGCUCUGCUAAAGCAAUCCCCCCUAAAAUAUUCUCUUCACCCCUUUCCAGGUCUUUUGUUUCACCAAGUUCUCAUCUCUUUGUCCCAGCUGGGUAUUUGUCCAUGUUGUAUUUUUAUUUUGGGGCAGAAAAACCUGCUGUUUCUCUGAGGACACCAAAAACCACAGAACGUUAGUUUGUGCUGCUACAUGUUUUGCUUUUGCUGCUACUCGAUUUGGGUUGCGCCGAAUUUAGAAACGAACGUUAAGGUUGGCUGCCGUGACAGAGAGAGCCAGUGGAAGUGUCAGUGUCCAAACACAACGAUGUGUGAAUUUGAUUCUGCACUUCCAGAGAAAACGUAUCGGGUACCAAGUUGUUUGUAGUGAUGGACCUAGAUCUGGCAGCCGCUUCUUCACCACUAAUCAGAGACCAAGAACUUUUACAUUUAACAUGUACGUUGACAAUUCUCAUCUUUUAAAGCAGUACAGUACUGAUCCCGCUGAGUUGGCGUUGACGGUCUGGGUGACAUCAGAUAAUUCAUUUGUAAUUCAAAAACAGGGGAAAAUGUUUUUGGUGUCAGAAUCAAAAAUUGCAAAACCAGUCAAAAACGGUAAAUGUUGGGGUUUUGGCAAGGCCUUUUAUCAUUAAAGUCACACGGUCUAUUCCUUAUAUUGUUUCCAAACCAAAAACAAGCGGUGGACAGGCAGGAAGCGGAAGUGACGUGUAAAACAAAUUCAGAAUAAAAAGUAGGACCAUGUAGCAAGUUUAUUAUAAAACUAAACUUAAAACUAAAACUGGGUUUGAAAAAAAAACAUUUUAUUUAACUGAAAUAAAAAUAACAACUAAUGAAAAACACACAACUAUAGUGGCUGUUAGGGAGAAGGAAGCAUUUGUAAGCACAGACUGGUGACCUGUAACUUCAGAUUAAGAUAAUGUGAACUAGUUGGUGUGAAAUGUAAUUUAUUUUAAUGAUUAUUUCAUUACCUGCGAUGGACCGGCGACCUGUCCAGGGUGGACCCCGCCUUUCGCCCGAUGCCAGCUGGGAUUGGCUCCAGCCCCCCGCGACCCUGUACGCAGAUAAGCGGCUGACGAUGGAUGGAUGGAUUAUUUCAUUAAUAUUUUAGUUUCAUUACUCGGCUGUGUGGAAGCUUAACCAGCAGAGGCCGCUCUCCCUCCUGCUGAGGCGCCCUGAGGUACAAAUUGAGCCAAAAUUAUGAUAUGUUUAUGUGAAGGAGUAGUCUCCUACAGCAGGAAGCUAAUCAAUGUGUACUCUCAUUUAGCUUUAUUGCCAUGUCUUAUUUUACAUGUACGAGGAAUUUGCUGUGGUGAUGAGGUGCUGCACGUAGACAAACAUACAGCUGACAUAAAUAAAUGUAGAAAUAUAUAAAUAUGGAAUAGACAAUGCAAGUUAUAUAAGAAUGAUAUAAAAAUAGAGAAAAAUAAUACAACUAUUUGCAGAGAAAGUACAAUGUGGCAGAUAAUUCAUCUUAGAAAGGGCAGUAAAUGCUUUGAGAUUCUUUUUUACUCACAAUAAUGCUCACCAGGUUUCACAGAUCAGAACAUAGCAAUCAAAAAAAAUAAUAAGUCGGGCUGAAUUUAAAAUAUUUAAUGUAAUCGUUGUGCCUCUGGGCACUUCAGCGUGGGGGGGGGCCUCUGCUGGUUGAGCUUCCACACAGCCGAGUAUGUAACCAAACUAAAAUAUAAAUUAAACAAUAAUUAAAUUUAUAAUCACAAUCCUAAAUUACAUUUCACAACAACUAGUUCACAUUAUCUUAAUCUGAAGUUACAGGUCACCAGUCUGUGCUUACAAAUGCUUCCUUCUCCCUAACAGCCACUAUAGUUUUGUGUUUUUUUAUUAGUUGUUAUUUUUAUUUCAGUUAAAUAAAAUGUUUUUUUUUUUCAAACCCAGUUUUAGUUUUUCACUAAAGGCCUACUUUUAUUUUUAAUUUUUUUACACUUCACUUCCGCUUCCUGUCUGUCCAUUGUUCAUUUGGAAACAAAUAACAUAACAGGCCUCGUGACUACCGUUUUACGUUUCAAACUAAAUUAUGAAUUGACUGAAGUACACAGACCUCUUCAUUCUUCAAUUCAAAGAGGAAUAAUGAAACAAGGAAUUCCAAAACUCCAAAAUGGACCGUUUUUGAUUCAGAUGCCAAAAUAUUAUUUGAAACAAAUAACAGCUUUACGUUUUUGUUUUUGAAUUACAAAUGACCUACGGAUUAUCUGAUAAUACCCAGACCGGUGACACUCAUUAGCUCUCUGAUGAACUUUAAAUUGAACGCGUUUUGGAGACAGACAGCUUCCCCACUCAGAGAACCGUGGUUACAUUUUUAACAGUAAGCGUAUAAAUCAGUGCUUUAGAUCCGCCCUCAGUCCCAGAAAAUGUAUAGAUAACUUUAGACUGUGUGUGUUUUAUCACCUGCAUGCUUUAAUCUCAGAUAUCGACUGAAAACAGGGUUCACCUACUGACUUAAGUGUAUUCUAUUGUAUUGUUACAGUCAGUUUUAUUUUUUUAUUAUCCUUCAGAUGUAAGUAACAGGAAACAGGUGUCAUUUAACUUAAAAUGGUUCUUGGUCUCUGUGAAAUACCUCCUGUCACACAGGGAACACUGCAGACGCCAGCAUUUUAUUAGAGCAAGAUAAAGACUAGCUAUUCAUUAUUAACCAGUGCUUUGCCCAAUACAAACAUUAUUCCAUCUAGUUAGAAUUAAAAUACAUUAUAUUAUAGGAAUCUUAUAAAGAGCUGCAAUCGUAAUCUGUCCUUAACCAAAAGUGCUAACAGACCCAAAACAAGAAAGUGUUUUCAGCCCCGCUAAACGUGAUAUUAAUGUUUUUGUGUUGCUGCCGUCAUUCUUGCGUCUGAAAACAACAUUAAUCAGUUUGGAGUUAAAACUUUGUUUAUGAUAAUCAGUUGUACAUCUCUGUGUCCCUCUAUCAAACUCUAAAUACUCCUUCAUCUUGAGUUUCCAAAGUAGAAAUUGAAACCCUGGAUAAUGUCUCCAGAGUCUGUGAUAUGUUUUUUAAGUUUUUCCCUCUCUAUUCCUCUUCCUCUCCUCUGUCAUCCCUCUCUCUCUUCAGUAAGUUUUGUGAAUGUGAGCAUCUGCAAAAGACAAAACUAAAACACGAGUCAGUCUAAACUUGCGUGUGUGCUUUAUAAGUGAAAACAGCAAUAUGUGAACAGUAUACCUAUCUCUGUGUGGACAUGCUUCCUGUGUUAAUGUCUCUUUACACUCUGUAAGCACACUAAUGCAGAGAGAUAAACACGCUCACGCUCUGACAGCCGAGGCUGCCGGAGACGAGACAAACGUUCAUACGCUUUCAGGCUGAGAAGAUAACCAGACAAGUAAAAUAAUCUGUGUAGGCACAUUUAUUACCUACUAUUUAAAAGUUUAAGAGCCAGCGUGAUGUUUUGUCCACAACAGCUAAGUGGAUACACAGUUUACUUCAUCCUAAAACAAAUACUAUUUAAACACAACUGUGGAAACACAAAGUUUGCACGUAUUGCAUGUUUCACAGGCCAGAUCUUCAUUUUAUGACAAUAAGUCAACAGAUUUAGUUAGUUUUACAACUCCGGAAAGACCUACAAUUACAUUACACGUAUGAAAUUUGUAUGUUUUGUUUGGGACGUGAAACAUACAGAUCUUAGAGAUCCAACUGAACAUUACCAGAGCUGUAAAACUAGUCAUGUCUGUCUGUAACUGUAUAAACUCUGAUUUAUAAUUGUAAAAAUUGUAAUUGAUGAUUGCACUUGAAAAUUAUGGAUCGUAAUGCUUUUUUCAGAAUGUUUGUCUUCGUGCUCUGCAGCCUCGGCUAAAGGAAACAGUUUGUGGUUGCUCCUGCACACUGCUGUUGAUAAUCGUUCAUUUUUGUACCAGUGGAAUCAUACACUCAUCAGGUGCUCACUUUAGCUCGACCAAUUGCAGAGUUUAGUCCAGCAGCGAUCGGACCAAAGCUUUUCAUUCUAGCUUAAACUCUACGCUUAGCUCUGAGCGUUGCUGCUAAAUGAGACAGCGAAAGGUCACAUGGUGCAAGUGCUUCACCCAACUUUUAAGAUAAGUGACGAGGUUGAUCAGUUUAGCAUUUUUAACACAAACUCCUGCCCUGGUAGCACUUAUGUAAAAAGUGCUUUUUUGGCCCAACAGUCUGCAGUUCAGCUGGUUUAAUCAUCUUGUUAAGGUGCAGAGCACCUGCAGCGGAACGAAAAGAACAAUAAUGGAAAAGAAUCGGGGGUUAGCAAAUCCACGGUUUCCACCUUUCUUGGAAAAUCUAGAAUUCUGUUAAUUAGCGUUCGUUUUGCUGAAAGCUAAAAUCUGUUCUGAAACAUUGGAAAAAAGUUAAAUUUUGGCGCUAGGAUUUCACAAUUGCCCAAAAUGUAUUGUUGUACAAUGUGCCUGAAAAUUACAGCUUGGUUCAGGGACGAGAUGAAGUUGAAAGAGAUUUGAGCAUCCUUCAAAGUUAACUGUUAUUUAAGCAAACUAAAUUAACUUAAUGUGAACUGUUUUCGCACCAAGAAAACCAGAUCUGUCUAACUGAAGCCACUCACACUCCACUUGUAGCCACUUCUGAAAAAUAGCAUCGACUCUGGGUUAUUGAAAUGUGAGAAUCCUGAUGUCACGUUAACACUAUAUGCAGAUGACUCAAUGCUUUAUACCUUCAUACAUUCGUGCUAUUUGCUACUUCCCCCUGCCAUCCCAUUCAAACCUGCACAAAAGAGCCUGAUGAACUAACAUAACUCCACAUCUGGUAAUCUACAUCUGUUUAUAAUUUCACAACAGGAAAUGUUUUGCUACAAUUAAGCUGCUGCAGCACGCUGUUCAAUUGUAAAGCUCCACCGAGUCUGCUGACUCCGUCACCCUAGGUAAACAUAGACGUCAGUGGCCCACAGUGAUGGUGAGGUUUGUCUUUGUACAGUUAACGUACAGUACAGUCAAUAUGUCCCAGUGAAGCCUCUGUUGGUUUGAACAUGGUGUUCUUACUGCUGUGUAAAUGUGGAGCUUUCUCUGGUUUGGCCACUAAAUGUCACUAGUGAGUCACUGGUUAAUCUUCUCAUGACAAACAAAAUGUUACAUAUGCUUUCCUCAUUACAUAUUCUCUAUUUAACUUGGACUACACUGGGUUUGCCUGUUUUAACGAUUUAACUGCAAACUACUGUAUAUAUACUGAUUUCCUGCUGACUCGUUUCCAAAGCCUUCCUUGAGUUUUUAGUAGGGAUGUCCUGAUCAAGUUUCUUUGCCCCAAUCCCGAGCCGAGUCAUUUAAUAUUGAGUAUCUGCAGAUACCAAGUCCUAAUCUGAUACUUAUUUUCCUAGAUAAUACAUCUGCACAGUGCACACUUCAAGUACAUCAAAGUUCAAUCAGGUGUGUGUUGCCUCGGUGGUGCAGCCUUUGUCCGAGUUACCUGAGUCAACUAUUCCGUUGGGUGUUGGGUGUCUUUAGGUGCCAUAUCAAAUUGCAGAUGUCCUAAGUGGCUGCUUUCCAAUUUAAAAUAUUUCCACACUGCAGCAAAAUCUUACCACAAACUGUCUCUCCGUUUAUGACACUUGUGUGACUGCUAAUGUAAAACAAAGGAUUGGGCUUAGGGUCGUGCUAAUAAAGCCAUUAGUUAAAAAAUGUCUUGAUCUGCCCCGAUUCCGAUCUUUGAGAUUAUGUUUUGGGACAUCCCUAGUUAGAUGUAUUUCCGUUCCAGUUGGGGUGCACACAAAAUAGGCACAUGGCAAAAUAAUGCUUGGAAGGAUGGAAGGAAGUCAAAAACUGAUGGAUGGAUUUGGAAAAUAAUCAGCAGAAAUGUAAAGUAUUUGUGAUUUGUAGUUCAUACAAAACAUUCAGAGUAUCUGUUUUGUCCUUUGAAUCCUCUAUAAUCGAUCGGUGUUUGUGUGUGAGAAUAUAACGUUGAACUCAUUCUCAUAGAAACUAACUCAGCACUGGUUGUUUUAACAUUAAUACGUCUUAAAAAUAUACAGUAUAUAGCCUAUAUUUUGAUAACUUCACUAAGUGUACUUUUUGUUCUCCGGUUUUGUAGUGUGUGUUUGUGUUUGGUUACAGUCCAUGAGUGUGAGUUACUCCUGUUUUUAAAAGUGUGUGAAGCUGACGGACGUUAAAUAGGAAACAGGGGAGAACGAGCAUCGGCGUCCUCAUCCUAACAGAUACUCACUGCAUGCUCUCUCUCUCUCUCUGUACCUUUCUCUCAGUAUUUUCUGAUUUGGGUUUUCCAAUAUGUGUAUCUUCUCUCAUCAGCAUGGAAGUGCUUCUAAUAAUAACAGCGAUGAAUAUAUUAAAGAAUUUGAUGUUGUUUUUCUA